CAAAAUUAGAAGAACAAAGGUGUUACUGAUAAAUUUCACGUCAAGAUCUGUGUUGUAUAUCACCCUCUUAUUUGACAGAGUUUAGAUAUCUACUAGUUGGAGUUAUACACGUAUGCACGCAGAUUACGCUCUACUAAAGCAUUGGCAUAACCAUUCCCUUCACCUUUUUAAGUUGGAAACACCUUGUUUUAACUGAGUGAUCUACCGAUGAUAGGGACAUGAAGGUCCAGUAAUGCACAUGGCUUGCCAUGCUUCAGGGGGGUUGCUUGCUACAGCAGGGGCAGAUAAAAAAAAGUCUGUGUUUGGGGAUGUAGAUGGUGGAUUCUGCACACAUUUCUUCAGAGGUCAUCAGGGGGUCGUGACAAGCAUUACUUUCCAUCCUGAUCCAAAGCGUUUGAUUGUAAAAGGCGUUUGCGAGCUUCUUGAAGGCCUUAUACCUUACUCUCAGAGGCACUUCAGUAGAGUUGACAGGCUCGUAAGAAGCAGCACAUUCUUAUUGGAUUAUGUUCUCGUCAGAAUGUCAGUGUUGGAUCCAGAUAUCAAUGCAACAUCAUCCAAAUCGGAAGCUAUAUUGCCUUCAGAUAACCGAUUGGUGUCCUCAAAUAAUGGGCAAAUAGACCAUAAAUCAACAAAUGAGAAUGGUAGUGAUGAUAAAAUGUCGUUACCAGAGAUGGAGGAAAAGGCUUCAUCCAAGAAACGGAAGUCCAGCAAAUCAAAGAAGUCUGGAGAAAAGAAAGCCAAGUUGGCAUCACAAAAAGAAGUUUCGGCAAUUUCAGUGGGGGCGUAAAACUCCAAUUAUUGUGUGCUGUAUGAUUUAAGUUAGUAAUAUGGUUUUCUGUUAAAGUUAUGUUUUUUUUUUCUUUUUUGGCCAACGCAUUUUUGUAUUGUAACAUCAUC